AAUUCAGUUUGAAUUCGUUAACAGGCGCUAACGGUUUGGGUGUCCGAAAAGAAAGAGAACUAAACACCCAAGAGAUCCUUCAAAAUGUCCAUUCAAAGCAACAACAACAAGCCCAAUGGUGGCGGAAUCGAGAUUGGCCAGAACACCAUUUAUAAUAUUGUGCUGCUGAUCGUGGACAUUGUGCUGUUGGUGUUCAAAUUCUGGCUGACGAUUAUACAGGAGAUCAUCAAGCUGUUCACUACCCGGCCGUUGGAGCAUGUCAACGGCAAGUUGGUGCUGAUCACUGGCGCCGGCCAUGGCAUGGGCAAGGAGAUGGCAUUGCAAUAUGCUCGCCUUGGCGCCAAGGUGCUCUGCUGGGACGUCAACGAGCAGACCAACACACAGACAGUCAAAGAGAUCAAGCAGGCGGGCGGCACAGCCCACGGCUAUAUUUGCAAUGUGGUCCGCCGCGAAGAGGUUCUGGAGUUGGCUACCAAAAUACAAAAGGAACAUGGCUUCGUUAGCAUUGUGAUCAACAAUGCUGGCAUUAUGCCAUGCCAUCCACUGCUCGAGCAUACCGAACAGGAGAUACGUCUCAUGUACGACGUCAAUGUGGUUGCUCACUUUUGGAUCAUCCAGGCCUUCCUACCCGCCAUGAUUGAGCGCAACGAGGGUAACAUUGUGGCUCUAUCCUCCUGCGCCGGUCUCUUUGGCCUGCCCAAUUUGGUGCCCUAUUGCGGCACAAAGUUCGCCGUGCGUGGCUACAUGGCAGCCCUGGCUGAGGAGCUGCGCAAGCAGAAUCCACUGUCCAAAAUCAAAUUGACCACCAUCUAUCCGUAUAUGAUCGAUACGGGUCUGUGCAAGAAUCCGCGCUAUCGUUUCCCCAAUCUGAUGAAACUCAUUUCGCCCAAGGACGCGGCCGCUUCCAUCAUCGAGGCCCAGCGUCAGGGUCUGGAGGAGGCGGCUAUACCUCGCCAUUUUGUGGGCGUUGAGAAGCUGGGUCGCAUAAUACCCAGAAAAGCGAUGCGAUUGGUCAACGAUUUCCUCGAUACGGGCGUCGAUACCGACAAGAUUUAAGCCAAAAUUUCAAAU